CAGUCCAGUCUCCGGCGGUGACUCGAGCUCGCUCGCCGCUGAUACCGCGUUCUGCAGUGGAAAACCGCGGCAUUCCUCCCCCCAAUCCGUUGUGGAGUAUAUAUUUUUUCUAUAUAUACACGCCAAUGGCGCCACCCAUCUCCUUCACUACCGCCAUCGAUCUUCUUUCUCUUCCCCAGCUCGACCACGACCACUCCCGGGAGGGAGAGGGAGAGGGAGAGCAGCAGCAGCGGUAGCCAGUUAGUCCAGCUGAUGCCGCCGAAGCGGCGGCCGGAGGAGGAGUCGCCGCAGGCGGCGGCGCUGAAGAAGCGGUGCCGGUCGUUCGACCUAGAGAUCAGGGGUUGCAGGCACCUGCAGGAGCUCGCCGCCGGCUGCGUCCGCACGCUCGAGGCCGCGCUCGAGUCCGCCAUUAGCCGGAUUCCAGAGGAGGUGACAAAAGCACUUACAAGCUUCCUAAUCCGUGCUCCUAGAACACUGUCUGAUCAGAACCAGCCUCCAAGGUACAAGCUUAGGUUCUCAAAUGGCUUGAGCAAUGAAGUUUUCACAAAGAAAGGAAUCUGUGAUGUUAAUGGAGAGUCUCUCAAGAUAUCUGUGCAUGUAAACAACCCACAAGAGGCCUGCUCGCAUCGCCUUCUUUCUGCUAAGAUCAGAGUUGUUGUUCUUGAUGGUGACUUCAACAAGAAUGAUCAGGGGUGCUGGACAUCAGAGGAGUUCAGAAACCACAUAGUGCGCCCACGUGAUAAAGUUGGGACUGUGCUGACUGGAGAGCUUGAGCUUAGCCUGAAAAAUGGAGAGGCUUACAUCCAUGAUGCCACUUUUGUUGAUAACUCCAAGUUCAUGAGGAGUGGUAAGUUCAGACUUGGGGUAAUGGUUAUUGAUGAUCUCGGUGAACGUAUUCAGGAAGGCAUAACUGAACCUUUCGUUGUGAAGGAUCGUCGCGGAGAAGGUUCCAAAAAGCAUGAAAUUCCAUCAUUGGAUGAUGAUGUCUGGCGCCUGAAGAAGAUAUCAAAAGAUGGUGUCUUCCAUGAUGCAUUGAAACAGAGUGGCAUUUCAAACGUGAAGGAAUUCCUUAGGCUGUACUAUACUGAUGAGCCAGCUCUGCGCAAAAUUCUUAUUAAGGCCACUGAUAAAGUUUGGACGACUAUCAUUGAGCAUGCUAAGAAGUGUGAUCCUGGAAGAGAGCUGUACUCUUUCUUGCCGGAAAACCGCAAUGUUGUGCUGUUCUUCAACUCUAUCCAUCAGAUUGUUGGGGUGAUAACUGGUGACCAUUACACUCCCUUCAGUGAUCUUGACAAGUCUAUGCAGGAUGAUGUAGGACAACUGAGCAAAUUAGCAUAUGCAGAUUUGAACCACUUCCUACCUGAUUUUGAAAUGAAAAAUGGCAAACCAAGACAAAUCAACCAAUGCGCUUUCCAAGAAUCGAGAAUGGUGGAGCCUAAAUUUACUGACCAAAUCCAAGGACAUAUGGAUCCUAAUUUUGCUGGCCUUAUACAAGGAAAUAUGGAUCAAAAGACUGUUACAGAGAGAAAUGUCCAUGAAUCUGAUGAUCAGCAAGGAACUUCUGGCAGUCAUCCCAGGCAGUGCAAAUUAUCAAGGUUUGGAUCUGUGCGAGUGACACACGUGGCAUCCUUGAACAAAAACGAUGAAGAUUCUUUGGACUUCAGUUUCCUCCUGAAUUCUCUAUCUGACCAACAUGAUGCAAGCAUGAACACAAAUGAGAUAGCAGCCUCGGUGACAUUCCAUUGUCCAACCGCUUCUACAAAUGAAAUUACUGGAUCAGUGGUGAUGAGGCAAGCAUCUUUCAGAAUAGAUCAUCCAGCUUGUGAAAAUGAUGCUUCAGUUGCUGAAUUCCACCAAGAGCAACAGGUGGUUACCGCACAAUUUGAUCCAUCUUUUUUAGCUGUACUCGCUGAUGCCCCCAUGUACUCAACGCACAACAGCUUCAAAGAGAGUGAAUGCCACGAGGCGCUACAAAAGCUGUCUGAAGACUGAUUUCCCUAAGAACAAUGAACAUUCAUUUUGAUGCAUAUUUAGGUCAAGUACUGUUUUGAGUCUCAUUUUCUUAAUAUGCCAGCUUGGUAUUAGUGAUUGCUUCUAUUUAAUUUGUAAUGUGCUCAUAUUCUUGUACUAUUUACUGGAUCAUUAUUAUUUAGUUACAAGAACUUUGGCUCUGUGCAUGCUAGAUGCAGAGGCCGGGGAUGUAAUUCAUCUUCCUUAUUAAAAACAAUAAAUAUUGUGUCUAAAUUCAUUCAUAUGUUGUACACAUUCAGUAAAAA